GCGUGUGGCAUUUAUCAAUUAAAAAUUAAAAUAUGAGGAGUGAAAUUMGUUGUCUGUGCGUAAUUAUCGCGGCUAUAAUUCCACCAUCUGCCGCCAAGAUYCGUGCUACCUUUCCCUUCGACUGUAUUUAUGUGCGCGAUGAGUGUCCCAAUGAGCAUAUACAAUUUUGGCUCUACAAAAACAUUUCAAGUGAACCACAACUCUUAGAUCCACUUAAUCUCAUAAAGGCCGAUUUCGAACCACGCUGGCCUUUGAAAAUUCUCAUACACGGCUUUAACGGUAAUCGGUAUGCUUCACCGAAUCUCGAAUCGCGUUCAGUGCUCUUGCGCACCCAGCGAGUACAUGUGAUCUCAGUGGACUAUAGCAGGCUGUCGGCGUUUCCCUGCUACUACCCGUGGGCGGUGAGCAAUGCGCGUGUCGUGGCUCGCUGUUUAGCGCAACUAACAGAUAACUUAAUUGAGCGUGGCAUUUAUAUGGAUAAAGAUAUACAUUUGAUUGGUUUCAGCUUGGGCGCUCAGAUCGCCGGAUUGUCGGCAAAUAGUGUGAAGCAACCUUUGCGACGCAUAACAGGUGUGUUGCAAAUAGAACUUAAYACUUUCCAAACUACUUCUUCCAUCCUCGAUUACGUUUCUCGGUAGGUUUGGAUCCCGCUGGUCCCGCCUUCGUUACUUAUAAUCGCAGCGAGAAGCUUGAUGCCUCCGAUGCCGAGUUUGUCGAUGUCAUACACACA